AUGCCGCCGCACCACCUACCAAGAAGGCUCGAGUCGAAGAACGCCGUUCACUCUUUCGCCACCAGCGAGACUUUGACCGAGCUGUUUUCGCAACACUUUCCCGUCAAGCACGCCACCGUUGUGCUUGACCAAAAGACAAAGACCCCUCGCGGAUAUGGUUUCGUUACCUUUACCGACGCAGAGGAUGCGCUGCAGGCCAAGGAGAAGCUUGACAACCAUCUGAUAGAGGGUCGCCGCUUGAGGUUGGAAAUUGCAGAGCCCAGACAUCGUGCCGCAACAAAGGCAGGCGUUGCUGUUGACACGCCCCUCGCUGCCGAGAAGCGCAAGAGAGAGGAAGAGGAGGCCGAGGGUCGCAAGCCUCCCAAAUUGAUUAUAAGGAACUUGCCAUGGAGCAUCAAGACCAAGGAUCAGCUUUCGGCACUCUUCCAAAGUUAUGGAAAGGUCCGGUUUUCCGAUGUGCCCAACUCCAAAGGAAAGCUGUCGGGCUUUGGGUUCGUGACCCUUCGCGGGAAAAAGAAUGCAGAAAAGGCAAUUGAAGGCCUGAAUGGAAAGGAAGUUGAUGGAAGAACUAUUGCCGUUGAUUGGGCUGUCGACAAGGCUACUUGGGAGAAGCAGCAGCAGAACGAAGAUGACUCUGAUACACCCAAGAAGACAAAGAUGAAGAAGGUCGACGCCGAGGCGAAGAGCAAGGCCGAUCAAGCCAGUACAAAAACAAAACCGAAGGGCAAUGAUGACUUUGACGAGGACGAAGAUCUCAAAAACUUCUUCGCAAAUCAGGGUGACAAUUUAGAAGAUGAGGACGAGAGCGACGAGGAUGAUGACGAGGAUAAAAAGAGCGAAGAUGCGGAUGAAGAAGAUGAAGAUGAAGAUGAAGAGGAGGGUGGAGCAAACGUGAACGACGACGAAGAAACCAAGAAAACCCCCCAGACGACAGACAACUCUAACACACUGUUUAUACGUAACCUACCAUUCACCACUACCGAUGAGCAGCUCAAGGAGCACUUCACACACUUCGGUGCUGUGAGGUACGCCAGGGUCGUCAUGGACCAUGCCACCCAAAAGUCAGCUGGCAAGGGCUUCGUUUGUUUCUUCAACGCUGAGGAUGCAGAGUCGUGCCUUCGGGCUGCGCCUAAAUACCGCCCUGCUCCAACGCUGUCGAAGCACUCUGUUCUCCAAGACGAGACAGUAGAUACGGAUGGCAAGUACACUCUGGAAGGCCGUAUCCUGCAGGUGUCCAAGGCACUAAGCAAGGGAGAGGCGCAACAGCUCAGUUCUGAGGCCGCGGCCGCCCGCGACUCGGAGGAGAAGGAUAAGAGACGAUUGUUUCUGUUGAACGAGGGACAAAUACGCCCGGACUCGCCCAUUUACAGCCAGCUUCCUCAAUCCGAGAUUCAGAUGAGAGAGGCCAGCGCGAAGCAGCGCAAGAAGAUGAUAGAGAGCAACCCCAGUCUGCAUUUGAGCUUGACGCGGUUGGCCAUCCGUAAUAUCCCCCGCAGCAUGACAUCCAAGGACCUCAAGGCCCUGGCGCGUCAGGCCGUCGUGGGAUUUGCCACUGACGUCAAGGCAGGCAAGCGUCAACCGCUGUCCAAGGAGGAGUCGAGGCGAGCUGCCAAAACGGGCAAGGAAGCCGAGCACAAGCGUAAGCUGAAGCGUAGCGGUGUCGUAUCGCAGGCAAAGGUCGUGUUCGAGAGCAAGGACGGUUCCAAGGUGUCCGAGCCUAGAAAGGGCGCCGCCGCCGACGCUGGUGCCAAGAGCAGAGGCUACGGCUUCAUCGAGUACUCGUCGCACAGGUGGGCAUUGAUGGGUGCGCGGUGGCUGAAUGGUCAUGCCGUCGAAGGCGGCACCGGCAAGAAGGCCACUCGUCUCAUCGUCGAGUUUGCCAUUGAGAACGCAAACGUCGUUGCCAGGCGGAGCGCUGCUCAGGAUAGGGCCAGAGGUCUGGCUGGGACAGAUGCGGCCAAGCCUCAGCUCAAAGCAGCCGAAGAUAGGAACUUCAAGGGUGAUGUUGCAAGAAGCCGGUCCGACGGCGCCGAGGAGGAGAUGCUGGAGGGAGAAGGGGAGAAGCCGUCAAAGUCGGCGGGUAAAAAAUUGGCAAUGAGGCAGCAGAUCAUAGGCCGGAAGAGGAUGAUGCGCAAGAAGAAGGCAGAGGUACGGAAAGGAAAGCGAUAG